CACCUUCGGUUCAGCUUGAGUCACUGUGACCGGUCAACAGCGGUCUUUGACAUGUGAGCCCGGGACUGGGACUUCGGAUUCGAAAAUUGAGGAGGCUGGGAUAUCUUCUGGUGCAAUGUUCGCUUGCUCGAGUACAUAUGGUGAGUCAUCCGUCUUCAACCGUCAGUGUCUGGACUGGCUUCGCUGAAAACGACAGGCAUGCUGACUAUAAUUAUCGCACAAAGGACACAUCUCGGUCUUAUCACACCGCUCAUGCCACUCAUUGAUCUUGCGAUUGGCGUUGCGCACUGUAUGCACCGGGGGAGCAUCGAACAUCUGCAGGCCGCGAAGGGUUGGGUUGGCAUCUCAUCCACAUCGGCUCCACCGGAUUCAUAUGCUAAAACGGCGCUAAUGCAAGAACGAACGCUAAAGAUACACAUAAAAUGGACGACAAGUCUAUGCAUACCGUGCCAGGCAGCAAUGCUUAUACCAGGUUUGAUAAUUCAGGAGGUUGGGAAAAAUACACUCUCACACCAUCAUGAAGUCCAGCAGCCGGAUGCACCUGCCGCCACCCCUCCCGAACCUGCAGGAUCAGCAGCAAUCACAAUUCACAAGCAGUUGAUGACGCCUCCCACAAAACUGACCCCUUUGAGUUCCUCUUCCUUGCAUUUCCGGCAAAGCAACCACUGGUUUUUGUGCCGUUUUCUUUUCGUUUCGCUCCAAUUUCCCAGCCUUUGCUCAAACCUACUGUCCUGCUGAAGCAGUCUGCUUAUCCCACAAAGCUGUUACUGCCGCUGGGCUCAUCUUUGAACGGCGUAUUCACAGGCAUGAAGUAUCCGGUUGGCAUGAAAUGUUGAUUGUAACUGGCGAAUG